UACCUGGUUCUCGCACAUGUGAUCUCAAGUCAACCAGCGUUAGUUGACCAAAUAGCAACUGCGCAUUUUGGCAUUAUCUCCAAGAAUCAACUGUGCGUGCAGCUGCAGCCGCCUCCGUCCGCUCUCUUCAACGAGUUCCUCCGCCACUCUCUUAACAAAUUGGGAACCCACAAAACAUUCCGAUUUUCAAGGCUCGCUCCAAUGAACGGCCAUGGCCUCCAAAUCGUUUAAGAAGAAGACUAACAGCAAGCGAUCUGGCUCCAAGUCGGCCGCCUCGAUGGCCUUUUCCAAGCACUGGUAUCUCAGAAGAAUCUUCACUGCAAUAUCGAUUAUUUUGCUUGUUUGUGUAAUUGUUGUUUUGGGAGUUUCGUCAAACACUUGGAAUAAGUUAUCGUCCGUUAAUCACUCCCUUCACUCUUACGGCUAUGUAGUCAAUGAAUUCCCUCACGAUCCCAAUGCCUUCACUCAGGGCCUUGUUUAUGCAGGAAAUGAUACCUUAUUUGAGUCAACUGGUCUUUACCGGCACUCAUCGGUUCGGAAAAUAGCUCUUCGGACUGGAAAGGUUCAAAUUCUUCAGAAGAUGGCUGAUUCAUAUUUUGGAGAGGGUUUAACUCUUCUUGGUGAAAGGCUGUUCCAAGUAACUUGGUUGACGAAAAUUGGUUUCAUAUAUGACAGAAAAAAUUUGAAGAAAUCAGAGCAAUUUACACAUGAGAUGGAUGACGGUUGGGGACUGGCCACUGAUGGCAAAAUCUUAUAUGGAAGUGAUGGGACUUCAACACUGUAUCAGAUGGAUCCCCAGACACUAAAAGUCACAAGAAAACAUGUCAUCAAAUUUAAUGGUCAGAGUGUACGCUACCUGAAUGAAUUGGAAUAUAUAAAUGGUGAAAUAUGGGCAAAUGUUUGGCAGACUGACUGCAUUGUACGAAUCUCACCUAAUAAUGGUACUAUACUUGGAUGGAUUCUUCUUCAGACUUUAAGGCAAGGAUUAAUAGCAGCUGGAUACAAUGGUAUUGAUGUUUUAAAUGGCAUUGCUUGGGAUAGCAACAAUAAUCGGAUUUUUGUUACUGGAAAACUCUGGCCAAAGCUUUAUGAGAUCAAGCUGCAUCCUGCACAGAAACAGUAUAAUGAUGAUGUCAUUGAGCAGCUCUGCUUGCCUUGAAAAGCUACCUACACCCCCAAGGGCUGGGUUCAAUACAUGAAACAAGAAUUAAAAAUUUUCCAUUUCAGUACAGGUUGAUUGGAAAUUUCAGAUAUAUUCAUACCUGAUUGCUAGAGUCUUUUCUCGUAGAAUUUGUUUGUCCUGUUUGGUCGAGAAUAAAUAUUGAGUAUUAUAUAUGCACAGAACAGUGUAAUAGGUCAUCACAUCACAAAUAAAAAGAUUUUCUGUUUGGAUUCACCAUUCUUCA